CAACCCAGGCCUGUGCGCUUGACCAAGAAUCAAACGGCAACCUGCUGGGGCAAGGGGUGACACCCAGCCAACUGGUUCACACAGGCCGGUGCAGAAAUCUCUCGACUAGAGAAUUUGCAAGGCUGUUUGUACAGUUUCUCUCAGAUUGUGUUCCUUUACAUUUCAUUUUCAUUGUGUUAUCUUUCCUCUUGCUAAACAUUUAUUCUUGUGUGAAUUUUCAGUCUUCCUUAUUUUCAUGCAAACAAGCAGGUCCAUUUCAGUAAUUUGCACAUUCUCCCUUAACUUUCUUUUUCUCACAUUUCACUUUAUCCCUUGGCCUGAAAAGUACAUCAUCAUCUUAGACUAUUCUGAUUUAAGAGCGACAGAGAAAUAAAUGCCACUCCUCUGGAGUUUUUUAUUUGCUAUAAUCCAGGCAGUCAUUCUAUAUACAGUGGUUUCUCCGAAUGCAGUAUCCAUGUCAAGAUUGUGUUUACAUUCUCUUUGCUUUUGGAACAGAGCUGCUUGUUAGUGGUGGUUUUGUUCAUCUGACUUAGAAAGCAGCUCCAAACUCUUGUUAAUUCUGUUUCCAGGUUUAGCCUGACAGUCUCUGGUUUACCUUCCCAGCAAGUAAUUAAAUGCUUCCCUUCCUCUUUUUAAGGUCUGAAAGGGCUCAGUGGUGAGCUUUUCACCGUCAGGCACAGCUAGAGCAGGUCUGUCAUUCUUCAGGAUCAUGGUUGUGUCCUACUGAGUUCCAUGCCCCAUUGACCAGGAGCAGAACCUUGUGCAGAAGCUGCAUUUACAGAGCUUGGUGUUAGCCUUUUCACGGAAGAGGGAUCUUUGCUUAAACCUCCUGUUUUCAUUUUCAUUUUCUUCAUUCACACUCUCUGAGUCUCCUCUGACUUCAGGAUUUGAAGUCUGAUUAGGAACCACCACUUCACAGUUCUACCAACUCGCCCCUUGCCUCCCUUCCAACCCCUGAUUCUUCUGGUUCCUGCCUGGGAAUUACCAUAGUAUUUUUGACGUCUUCUACAUCAAAGAAGCAUGUUCCAAGAAGCAUGUAUUCAUGCUUCUUGGAACACUGUCUUAUUGGAUCCUCAACAAACCUACAAGGUGGAGACCACUUCCAACUUGCUGUUGAUGGAGAGAUGCUCGUAAACAUGGUCACACAGCAGAAAGAGACAAGGCUGGCUCCUAAGUGUUGUGCUUCUAUCCCAAAGGAGUUGCAGUUGGUUACUAUUCCUACACAUUUGGUUAUUAAAAACCUGAUCUUUAAAAAAAAAAAGUUACCUUGGUUUUGAGGUACAAAGAAGUCUAAAAUGCUCUCCGGCCCUGGAUUAAAUUCUCCAAGUACAGUAAUUGUGCUGAUACGGGCACUUCCACCUCUCAGGAUAUAUAUUGGCCUGCAGUGAUCUCUGCUCUUUCUGAAAAUCCGGAGGUGGCCCCAGGACCUCAGCGAGGGUUGUUCACAUCCUGCCCUGUGCCUUCAGGCUUCCCCACAGUGCAGGGCCAUUCACUUUGGCUGCUUUCCCAUCAAGAGAAAGGAAACAUGAAAGCUGUAUUUGAAUAUUAAUGUUAAGGUUGCAACUUUGGGUAGGGUAGCAGUUUUGGUACUUCAUUUGUGAGCUGUGUAUAUUUCUGAUGUCUGUAUAUUUCUGAUUUGUGAUUUUAGGUCACAAGAGUUAAGAAACAAAAGCAAAGUCAUUUGAUUGGUGUCUGGCAGACAAUCAAUCUGACUGGCUUGCCCUGACAUUGAGCCAGUUCUUUAGUUUCUAGCUUUGGUACUGGGUCAGUGUAGGGAUGUCUCAAGGUGUCAGUGAUGCUGAUGCCUGGACACAGAGCAGUAAUGUUUGAAGGGAGCUGUCUGAUGCCAUUUGGGAGUUAGUAUUUUAAAUUCUAAAGUCUCAGCCCUGUGGCCAUUUGCACAUAAGGAAGCUCUCAUUUCCUGGUGAUGCUAGAUGAACUUGUCAUUCAUGUGACAAAAGUUUUCCAGGUACCUCCUGUGUGUUGGUCUGUUCUAGGAACUUGGAACACAGCACCAUGAGGAAGCGCAUCAUAAGUCUUAUCUAACAUCCCCCAUUUGUGUGUGUUUCCAGUGCCUGCCACAGCGCAUGCAUGAGAGCAUGGAAGCAGUGGUUGAUAUCACAGCAAAUCCCACAGUUUGAAGAUGUUAAAUUUGAAGCAGCAAGUCUUUUGUCUGAAUUAUACUGUCAAGAGAAUUCCGUUGAUGCAGCAAAGCCACUGUUGCGGAAAGCGAUCCAGAUAUCGCAGCAGACCCCAUACUGGCACUGCCGCCUGCUCUUCCAGCUUGCUCAACUGCACACCCUUGAGAAGGACCUGGUGUCAGCCUGCGACCUCCUAGGUGUGGGAGCUGAAUAUGCACGGGUGGUGGGAUCCGAGUACACACGGGCACUGUUCCUGCUCAGCAAAGGGAUGCUGCUGCUGAUGGAACGCAAGUUGCAGGAAGUCCACCCACUGCUGACGCUCUGUGGACAGAUUGUCGAGAACUGGCAGGGAAAUCCUAUCCAGAAGGAGUCUUUACGUGUCUUCUUCCUUGUGCUCCAGGUGACACACUACCUGGAUGCAGGGCAGGUGAAAAGCGUGAAGCCAUGCCUGAAGCAGCUGCAGCAGUGCAUUCAGACCAUCUCUACUCUGCAUGACGAUGAGAUUUUGCCCAGCAACCCCGCUGACCUCUUCCACUGGCUGCCCAAGGAGCACAUGUGUGUGCUUGUCUACUUGGUGACUGUGAUGCACUCCAUGCAGGCUGGCUACCUGGAGAAGGCGCAGAAGUACACAGACAAGGCACUCAUGCAGCUGGAGAAGCUCAAGAUGCUCGACUGCAGUCCCAUCCUAUCCUCCUUCCAAGUGAUCCUGCUUGAGCACAUCAUCAUGUGCAGGCUUGUCACAGGACAUAAGGCCACCGCACUACAGGAGAUCUCACAGGUCUGCCAGUUGUGCCAACAGUCACCCCGGCUCUUCUCCAACCAUGCUGCACAGCUGCACACGCUGCUGGGCCUGUACUGUGUCUCCGUCAACUGCAUGGACAACGCAGAAGCCCAGUUCACCACAGCCCUGCGGCUCACCAACCACCAGGAGCUAUGGGCCUUCAUCGUAACCAACCUGGCCAGUGUGUAUAUACGGGAAGGAAAUAGACACCAAGAGGUAUUAUACAACUUGUUGGAGAGGAUCAACCCAGACCACAGCUUCCCUGUCAGCUCUCACUGCCUUCGAGCAGCGGCUUUCUACGUGCGAGGGCUCUUCUCCUUCUUCCAGGGACGCUACAAUGAGGCCAAGCGAUUUCUGCGAGAAACUCUGAAGAUGUCCAAUGCAGAGGACUUGAACCGGCUCACAGCCUGCUCUCUGGUGCUUUUGGGCCACAUUUUCUACGUGUUGGGGAACCACAGGGAGAGUAACAACAUGGUGGUGCCCGCCAUGCAGCUGGCCAGCAAGAUCCCAGACAUGUCUGUUCAGUUGUGGUCGUCAGCCCUGCUAAGAGACCUGAACAAGGCCUGCGGGAAUGCCAUAGAUGCCCAUGAAGCCGCCCAGAUGCACCAGAACUUCUCUCAGCAGCUGCUCCAGGACCACAUCGAGGCCUGCAGCCUCCCCGAGCAUAACCUUAUCACGUGGACAGAUGGCCCGCCGCCCGUGCAGUUCCAAGCUCAGAAUGGACCUAACACCAGCCUGGCCAGCCUCCUUUGAGACCCCUGGAGGGGACCACCAGCUUCUCAAGGCCUCCGUGGGGCCUAUUGUGUCCCUGACUUCCACCCAGAGAGCACUCGCGCUUCCCUCUGAGGCGUGCUGGCAUGGUGUCCCCAGGCUUCUUUCCCAGAGCUUCCAAGUCCCCGGGGAGUGUGCAGGGCCAAUUCCCACCCUCCCAGGAAGGGCUGGCCAGCUUUACCGCUGUGAAUCAGGACCCCGGUGCUGAGGCUUGCAGGUGGAAUGUUGGAGCCAAUUUUCCAGAGCCAUCCUUUAAAGUGGACUUGAACUGCCAGUCCUACUACAAGUCACGCUUUCCUGGGACUUUCUGGAUGGGAGUGCCAGGAUGGGCAGCACCACUGGGGCAUUGCCACGUGACUUCCAUUGCCUGAACUUUUGUGCCAGGCUGGAGUGUUUCCUCUGCUCUCACAGCAGCUUCCAGAGCUUAGAGGCAAGAUGCCAAUUUCUGGCCAAAAAUUGGAAGGAAGAAGUGAGGAUGCACAUCAGGGACAAAAAUGCAUGUCCUGCUACAACACUUUUCCCAGCUUGCCUUUCGUUCCAGUGUCCAUCCUGACAGCUAGUGCCUCUGGUCAGGGCACCCAUGAACUUGCCUUCCAAACAUCUGUAUCUUGACUGGAUCACUGGCCAUGGGGGUGCACAUGCUGUAAGCAUGGAUGUGCAUGUGUGUGCAUACUGUAGACAAGUAUGUGUGUGCAUGUGCAGUAGAUACAGGUGUGUGUGUGUGUGCGUGCGCACAUGUGUGCACGUGCAUGUGUUGAUUCUCAGAGCUGGAGCUGAGACUCCUGUGUUUGCACCAGCUGCCUUCCCCCAUCAGUGUCUGUAUUGUGGUGUAGGAAGCAGGGGAAAGGGGAGAGGACCCUCCUCAGUCCAACUCAGGGUGCUGAAUGAAGGCAGCUCUGUGGCCGCCUCUGCAGAGGAUAUUUGCAGAUGUCUGGAGCUCAGCCAACCUGGCCCUUGGGAGGGAGGAGGACUACCUACCGUGGGUCUCGGGACAACGUUGAAACGUCUUCCCAAGCUAGACCCCCUCCAGGAAGUUCUACCUGGCCCAGACAGUGUGCUCCUCUUGGGUACUCUAAGAGGUGCCUCAGUGGUGAUGGUGGGAUUGGGAGCAGUCAAGGCAGCCGCCCCCUCCAACUUCUGGCACCUGGGAGCAGUUCCCCACUGAGGGGUGGUGAGUGGUAUUGCUGGCCAGGGUGGCUUGUUGGUUUGUGUCUCAUUACCCUUGCACUGUGAAGGCUGCUUCUCGAAGCUUCUGUCUGUGAUGGAAGGAACGUUAGGAUAUGGGAUUACUCAGGUAGCUACUUGGGCCCUGAGCCUGAGUGUGCCUUAGCCACAAGCAGGACUGUCAGCAGAUCACCCUGCACUGGGCCACUGCCCUCACCAGGCCUGUGACAGGGCCCUGCUGCCCACUUGGGGGCCAGUGACAGGCAUGCAGGUGAGUCACCAGCUAGAGGGGCAGGCUUUCCAGGGCUUGUCCCAAGAGGACCUACCAUCCCUGUGUUGCCCAGGAGAACCUGGGUGUUCAGGGUUGCUCCCUCUGCUGACACCCCUGAGCGCGUGAGGCCUGUGGAGGAGGGUGUAAGCCCAGUCAUAAGCUGUCCCCAUUCUGUCUUCCUCCUCUACCAGGGGCCUUCCCCUCCACUCUAGGGAUGGAGCCCCCAUCUCGCCAUAAGCUGCGCCUACCAGCCUGGAUCCCACACUGUCUAACUUCUCCGUAUCCACAUUAGUUCAAUUGUUGCACAUGUUUGUCUCUGUGUAUUUAUUUAAGCCUUUCUUUGCUUCUAGGGCAUUUUGUAUGUAGAACAAUUUAAAUAAGAACCUCAAAACUUAAUGUAUGUCCUGAUGUUAAAGUGCUUUUAGUGACCACUCUGUUAUCUAUAUGUGUGUAAAGUUAAGGAUAAGUUCUUAAGUUUACAAUGAAAAAUUCAGUACUCAACAUUUAAUAUUCCACUUAGCUUUAUGGGAACCAAACUGUGUGUAUGGUUUUGAACCUCCCUCUAAUGCAGCAUCUACCAAUUACAUCAAGCUGUCAUACAUACCUUUCUGUGAGUCCACAUUGAAUGUCUCACAGUUUCUCAAUCAAAAUUUAAGACAGGUAGCAAGUGAGCCACCAGAGAGAUGUUGCAUAAGUGUCAUAUAGCUAAAUGUUUUUUGGAAAAAAACAUAAAAAUUCCAAACUCUUCAACUUACAGGGCACACAGUAAUAGAAAAAGGAUUUUGUUGGCAGGUCAAUUGCUGAAAAUUGGUCAGACCCUCAUGUGCUCGCCUCACCACCUCCUGUUAAUAGAAGUGCCCUGGGCCUGCUGGGCCUGGAGGUGCCCCAGGUUCCCUCGAAAACAGCUGCCUCCAGCAGGUGGCCACAGGCAUGGUGAGGGUCCUCUCCCUGGGGAAAAUACUCCUUAUCCCACUGACAGAGCACAAUUGGGUAAGGGCUGCCUGGCACAGUGGAUAUGCUUGUGGUUGCAUUGUUUGUUUUGUUAAAGGGUUUUUAACAAGUAUGUUUGGCAUAAUACCUUUUUAACGGGUUUGUAAUACGGUUUUAGCAGCCUGUAACUUCACUGGUGCUUUUAAUCAGGAAAACAAAUUUAUAAAUGCAAAACAUUGUUUAAAAGACAGAACUAUACAAUAUAGCUUCUUGUUUGUGGAUUUCUUUUUCUUUGUAUUCAAAGUAAAAUCACUUGCAGUAGCUAUCA